AUGCGGCCAGAGGGACGAUAUGAUUUUAAAAGAUUUCCAAGAGAACGAGUACCUUAUCAACGUAAUCGCUGUGAUGGCCACCAUACAGUAUUUAAUAUUGCGCCAAAGAAAUCACCACUGCUAGACAGACCUGGUGAAGGAAGGUACAGUAGAUAUUACAGUCAUGGCAAUAACCGAAACGAUGACCAGGGCCGCAGUCUUUUCCGUGAUCGAAGAAGUGGUCCAGCUCACAGAAGAGAUGAAUCUGGCAGUAGGUGUACAAGAGAUGACCAUUCUGCCAGACGACAGCCUGAUUACAGGAAUAUGAGAGGUGGCUUCCGUCAAAGAAGCUUCUACUCUUCCUAUUAUAUGAGGGGCCAGCCUCCUCAUAGAAGAGAUGCUUCUUUUUCCAGAAAAUCACCUAUAGGCCGAAAGGACUUUCUAUACAACAGAUCUGGCUCCAGUGUCAGCAGUAGAAGCUAUUUUCCAGAAAGAAGCGAAUCAUACUCUUCCCUCCAGUCUCAACAUAGAAGUGAAGAAAGGCCUGUUCAGUCAGUGAAAACAUCAAGAGACACUUCACCCUCAAGUUCUUCAGCAGUGUCUUCAUCAAAGGUAUUAGAAGAACCCAGUCAGCUAACUGAGAAGGAACUUGCUGAGGCCACAAGUAAGUGGGCUGCUGAAAAGCUGGAGAAGGCGGAUGAGGGCACAUUACCUGAAAUUUCUGAGUCCGGCUCCACCACACCGUUGUUCAUUGUCCAGCCAAAAGAAGCUGAGACCACGGCAGCGCAGCGCAUGGAGCUUGGAUACAGUGGGCUAACCAGUCGUUCUAAAGCAAUAGCAUCAAAAGCGAAAGAAAUUGAACACUUUUACCGACAAGACUGUGAAACUUUUAGGAUGGUUGUGAAAAUGCUGAUUGAAAAAGAUCCUUCAUUAGAAAACUCUCUACAGUUUGCAUUGAGACAGAAUUUACAGGAAAUAGGUGAGCGGUCUGUUGAAGAACUGAAGCAUUUUAUUGCAGAGUAUGAUACCUCUAGUCAAGAUAUUGGAGGCCCUUUUUAG